AACAGGCGGGAGGCAGUGUGGUUGUCAGCGGCGUGGCCCCCCACCCGCAUUGAGUCAUUUACAUGAUCGCCUCGAAAACAGAGCACAAUUGGAGAACAAACGCAGCGACGCUCCCGGCGAGCGGAACGGCCAGCAUUGAGGCAUUUUCUCCGCGAGCUGUCAGUCGUUGAUUAGCCCGCUCGCUGGCCAGACAUCCACACAUCCCGCCCUCAGAUCCAAAGCAAUAUACAACUCCAAAGGCAGAGCACUCCAAAAUAAGGAGAUAAAGAACUAAUAUAAAUACCAGGCACAGUCCAGGGGUUGGAUUAGACGGCUGAAGAAAACCCAAGAAGCAACAUGCCCACAGACCAAGAGCCCACCGCCGAGCAAAUCGCCGAAGUUAGGACCGCCAUACUCAAGAAAUUGGAAGCCGAACCACCAGCAGAACCCUUCCACCCCAAUGAUCUAAAGCGGUUGAAGGACUCUGAUCUCUGGAUCAGCAAACUACUAAAAAUCUAUGAAUUCGACCUGGAGAAGACCAACACCAGGCUGUGGGACAACCUGAUCUGGCGCCAGAGCUUCGGGGUCAACGAUAUUACCGUUAAUAGUUUGAACCAGGAGUUCCUAAAUGAUGGUUCCAUCUAUGCCCACAACAAGGAUAGGGACGGAAAACCCCUGCUUAUCAUCAGCAUGAAGAAGCACUCAAAGAGCCGCAACCUAGACGAUCUCAUACGCAUCAUCGUCUACUGGGUGGAGCGGCUGCAGCAGGAAACAAACCUGGAUAAGAUUACUCUCUUCAUGGACAUGACUGGCUCGGGCUUGAGCAACAUGGACAUAGAUUUUAUCAAGGCGAACAUAGGGAUUUUUGAGACCAAGUAUCCUUAUGUGCCGAACUACAUUAUAGUUCAUGAGCUGCCCUUCCUCUUGAAUGCUGCCUUCAAAAUUGUAAAGACCUUCUUGCCCGAAGAGGCUCUCAGGAUCCUGCGUGUCACCACCAAGAAGGACAUUGAUCAGUAUGUGGAUAAGGACAACUGCCUGAAAUUGUGGGGCGGCAACGAUGAUUACGAGUACAAAUUUGCCUAAAGACCUUGCCCAUCCCAACUCUGUAUUGUAGUGUAAAUAAUACGAUAUUUAUUGACUGGAA